AGGAGACAUGGCCAUUCCUAGGGCGCCACUGUGCAGAGACAGGCGGUCAGUCACCCUGGGCAGCUCCCUGGGCUUCCAAGGUCAAGAAGAAGAGCAUUUGCUGAGCGAACGCCCAUGCCCUCCUUGCAGCCUCCUAGAAGUGGCAGGAGGGGAAAAUGCAAGAGACAAGCCUGAGAAAAAGGAGAGAGGAUGAGAAGUCGCUCCAGAGCACUGAACCCAAGACCACAAAUCUCCAGAAAGAGCUGGGCCUGUUCAGUGGCAUCUGCAUCAUCGUGGGCACCAUCAUUGGCUCCGGGAUCUUCAUUUCCCCCAAGUCUGUGCUCAGCAACACGGAAGCCGUGGGGCCCUGCCUCAUCAUAUGGGCAGCUUGCGGGAUUCUUGCGACACUGGGUGCUCUGUGCUUCGCAGAGCUCGGCACCAUGAUCACCAAGUCGGGGGGCGAGUACCCGUACCUGAUGGAGGCCUUUGGCCCCAUUCCUGCCUAUCUCUUUUCCUGGACCAGCCUGUUCGUCAUAAAGCCCUCAUCCUUUGCCAUCAUCUGUCUCAGCUUCUCCGAGUAUGUUUCUUCGCCCUUCUACGCAGGCUGCAGCCCCCCUCAAGUCGUCGUAAAAUUCCUGGCUGCCGCUGCCAUCCUGGUCAUCACCAUGGUGAACGCACUCAGCGUGCGGCUGGGGAGCUACGUCCAGAACGUGUUCACGGCGGCGAAGCUGGUCAUCGUGGCCGUCAUCAUCAUCAGCGGGCUUGUCCUCCUGGCCCAAGGAAAUACAAAGAAUUUUGAAAAUUCUUUUGAGGGCACAAAACUGUCUGUGGGAGCCAUCGGUCUGGCGUUUUAUAAUGGACUCUGGGCAUAUGAUGGAUGGAAUCAACUCAACUAUAUUACAGAAGAACUUGAAAACCCUUUCAGAAACCUGCCCCUGGCCAUCAUCAUUGGGAUCCCACUGGUGACAGGGUGCUACAUCCUCAUGAACGUGUCCUACUUCACUGUGAUGACGGCCACCGAGCUCCUGCAGUCCCAGGCUGUAGCUGUGACAUUUGGUGACCGCGUCCUCUAUCCCGCCUCGUGGGUCGUUCCACUCUUCGUGGCCUUCUCGACCAUCGGCGCCGCCAACGGGUCGUGCUUCACGGCAGGCAGACUUGUUUAUGUGGCGGGCCGGGAAGGCCACAUGCUCAAGGUGCUCUCCUACAUCAGCGUCAAGCGCCUCACUCCAGCCCCUGCCAUCAUCUUUCACGGUAUCAUAGCAACCAUUUAUAUCAUCCCUGGUGACAUAAACUCACUAGUCAAUUACUUCAGUUUUGCUGCAUGGCUGUUUUAUGGCCUAACGAUCUCCGGACUAGUUGUUAUGAGGUUUACAAGGAAAGAACUGAAGAGGCCUAUCAAGGUGCCCAUCGUCAUCCCCGUCGUGGUGACUCUCUUGUCCCUGUUCCUGGUGUUGGCUCCAAUCAUCAGCAUGCCCGCGUGGGAGUAUCUCUACUGUGUGCUAUUUAUGCUGAGCGGCCUCAUCUUUUACUUCCUGUUCGUCCGCUAUAAGUUCGGAUGGGCUCAGAAAAUCUCAAAGCCGCUCACCAUGCACCUCCAGAUGCUCAUGGAAGUCGUCCCCCCGGAGGAACCACCAGAGUAACAAGCUCAGCCUCCCAGGGCCAAGUCCAAGCUGUGAUGAAAUUUAUUUUUGUAAGCAGUAUUUGUGGCUAUUUCUUCCUGAUGUUUUUAAGAAAAAAAAAAAAGCAUUCA